GAAGAUUGAAAACCAAGGCCCAAUAACUGAAGAUGGUGGUGUUUUGAUGAUGAAGUCCCUGCCUGAACCCUGGUGUUUUUUGUGGACUCUGAAUUUGGUCUUCUAGGAGCUGCUGAUGCUGUACAAAUCUGCUUUUUGGUUUAGUUUCUGGAGAGUGUAAUCUAGCUUGUGCCUUUUAGUUGUUCUGUUGUCAGAAUAUAACAGAAUGCUAAGCUUGGCAAUCCCUGCACUCCAGCAGAAUCCCCUCCUUUUCUUUUCAUUAGAUUCUUGCUCUAUUACUUUAUACUACUGUGAAUCUGUUUAUUUGAUGUUCAAAAGGAAAUGACAUCAAUUCUAUCUUGAAGGGAGAACAUUUGUAUUCAGUCCAACCUAAGUGCAACACUCAAUAGAAAGCACACAUAAUUUUGCUGGAGCAGUAAACUGCAAAAAUAAAAUGACACUGCACUCGAAUCUUCACCACUUUCUCGCUCAUCUUUACACGUACCUGAAAUCAUUUUGUUUUAGACAAAGCGUACCUGAAAUCUAGAAGAAAUAUCAUCUCGCGAAAGCAAGGGAAAUCUAGUAGCAACGAACUUGUCCUUUACUUUUCUUCCACUGCUCAAGAUCCCUUGCUGCGAUACCCUUCCAUUAGCCCCCUCGAGCUGUCUUCUCUUCUGAAUUGUUCUUCAAGGAAGGUAGAAAAGAAUGCAUAGUUUAGUAGACUGUUGACCCACAGAACAAAUUUCUGGCACCUUUUUCUCCAUGGAUAAUCCUUUGCAGCCGCAACAUGCUCUGCAAUCUGGGUUUGAUCAGAGUAGUAGUAUAUAUUGCACUUGUCUUGGCAUGUUAGGCUCUGAACAAUCUUAGGUUUUGGGGCAACGAGUGCAAGAACUGAACCAGAAGGAGGAGAUCGGAAGCCGGGCGCCAUGGCACGGAUGCUGCUGCACGGGGUGAUCGACGCCAAGAUCGUGGAAGCAGACCUGUCCGUGACGUCAGAUGGGCAGCUCAGGCCGUCCCGGAAGACUCUGAUGAAGAAGAAGGUCUUCUCAUGGAUCAAGAAGAAGCUGCCCUUCUGCAACAGCUGCCAGACGCAGCAGGUGGAGAACGCCGUCGGCCUCGGCCCGCUGUCCGGCAAGCUGUAUGCGACGGUGGACAUCGACAAGGCCCGCGUCGCGCGGACGCGCACGGUGGAGCCGACGGGCACGCCGCGGUGGAAGGAGUCGUUCCACAUCUACUGCGCGCACUACGCCGGCGACGUCAUCUUCACCGUCAAGGCCGAGAACCCCGUCGGCGCCACGCUCAUCGGCCGCGCCUACCUCCCCGUCGACGAGGGCCUCGCCGCCGGUGCGCCGGUGUCCGACCUGUGGCUCCCCAUCUGCGGCGAGGGCCGCCGCCCGAUCGACGGCGGGGACAAGAUACGCGUCCAGCUCCGGUUCACCGGCGUCGCCGCCGACCCGGCGGCGCGCUGGGGCGCCGGCGUCGGGAGCGGCGCGUACCAGGGCGUGCCGCGCACCUUCUUCCCGCAGCGCCGCGGGUGCCGCGUCAGGCUGUACCAGGACGCGCACAUCGCCGACGGCUUCGCGCCGCGCAUCCAGCUCGCCGGGCGCAGGUGGUACGAGCCGCGGCGGUGCUGGGAGGACGUGUUCGACGCGAUCAGCAGCGCCCGGAGGAUGGUGUACGUCGCCGGGUGGUCCGUCAACACCGACGUCGUGCUGGUGCGGCGGCCGUCGUCGUCGUCGGAGACGCUCGGCGAGCUGCUCAAGAGGAAGGCCGAGCAGGGCGUGAUGGUGCUGCUGCUGGUGUGGAACGACCGGACGUCGGUGGGUCUCGGCCCGAUCCGCCGCGACGGGCUGAUGGCGACGCACGACCAGGACACGGCGAGGUACUUCGAGGGCACCAAGGUCCACUGCGUCCUCUGCCCCCGGAACCCCGACCAGGGCCGGAGCUACGUGCAGGACGUCGAGACGGCCACCAUGUUCACGCACCACCAGAAGACGGUGAUCGUCGACGGCGGCGGCGGGAAGACGGCGCCGGGCCUCGUGAGCUUCCUCGGCGGCAUCGACCUGUGCGACGGGAGGUACGACACGCAGGAGCACCCGCUGUUCCGGACGCUCGACACCACCCACCGCGGCGACUUCCACCAGCCCAACUUCCCCGGCGCGUCCAUCGCCAAGGGCGGGCCGAGGGAGCCAUGGCACGACAUCCACUGCCGCGUCGAGGGCCCCGCGGCCUGGGACGUGCUCGACAACUUCGAGCAGCGGUGGCGCAAGCAGGCCGGCAGGGGCAAGGACAGCCUUCUGGUCACCCUCGACCGGAGCAUGGCCGCGCGCGACGCCGACCAGGCCGACCCGGAGCACUGGAACGUGCAGGUGUUCCGCUCCAUCGACGGCGGCGCGGCGGCGGGGUUCCCGGAGAGCCCCGACGAGGCCGCGGCGGCGGGGCUGGUGUCCGGCAAGGACCAGGUGAUCGAGCGCAGCAUCCAGGACGCGUACAUCCACGCGAUCCGGCGCGCCCGCGACUUCAUCUACGUCGAGAACCAGUACUUCCUGGGGAGCUCGUACGCGUGGCGCGGCGGCAAGGGCGGCGUGGCGAGCGUGGAGGGGAUCAACGCGCUGCACCUGGUCCCGAGGGAGCUCUCCCUCAAGAUCGCGAGCAAGAUCGCCGCCGGCGAGCGGUUCGCCGUGUACGUGGUGGUGCCGAUGUGGCCGGAGGGCGUGCCGGAGAGCGACUCCGUGCAGGCCAUCCUGGACUGGCAGCGGCGCACCAUGGAGAUGAUGUACAGGGACGUGGACGCCGCCAUCCAGGCCAAGGGGAUCCGCGCCGACCCCACCGACUACCUCAACUUCUUCUGCCUCGGCAACCGCGAGCGCCUCCCCGUCCCCGGCGGGUACAGCUACGAGCCAACGGAGCGCCCCGACCCCGACACCGACUACAUGAGGGCGCAGAACGCCCGCCGCUUCAUGAUCUACGUCCACGCCAAGACGAUGAUAGUGGACGACGAGUACAUCAUCGUGGGGUCGGCGAACAUCAACCAGAGGUCGAUGGACGGCGGGCGGGACACGGAGAUCGCGAUGGGCGCGUACCAGCCGAGCCACCUGGCGUCGGUGAACCGGCCGGCGAGGGGCCAGGUGCACGGCUUCCGCCUCGCGCUGUGGCACGAGCACCUGGGCAGGGCGGCUGCGGCGUCGGCCGCCGGCGAACUCCUCCGGCCGUCGAGCCUGGCGAGCGUGAGGCUCGUGAACCAGGCGGCGCGGCGCCACUGGGACGCGUUCGCGAGAGGCGACGGCGACGGCGCGCCGCCGACGGAAGACCUCCCGGGCCACCUGAUGGCGUACCCGGUGCGCUGGACGGGCUGCGGCGGCAGCGACGGCAGCGACGGCAGCGACGGCAAGCUCGUCGCGGCGACGGAGACGUUCCCGGACACCAAGGCGAAGGUGCUGGGUGCCAAGUCUGACGUGCUCCCGCCCAUCCUCACCACAUGAGGAUGAGGAAGUCCCCAUGCGUCGUCAUGCUGUGCUUGCUGAGUGCAGAAAUGUUCGUUUACGUGCAAUGCAAGGUGGUUGUGAACUUACAAGUGUACAUGCUGUAUCAGGCUCUAAACGUCAAACAAACGUGCAUGUUUCGAUUGUGAUCAAUUGCUCAAAUUCUUCACUUGUAAAUAAAUACUCCCUCCAUACCAUAAUGUUUUAAA